AUGUGUGUUUAUCCAUUAUGUUUUUAUGGAACACGAUGUCAAUUUAGUUCAUCUUUAUUUGGUCUUUCACUCGAUGCUAUUUUAGGUUAUCAUAUUAAAGUAAAUGUUAACAUGAAAAAUCAAUCACGUAUCGUACAAAUAAGUCUAGUUUUAACAAUAAUUAUGAUCAUCAUAGGUCUUAUCAAUGUUAUUUUAUCUAUGAUUACAUUUAAGAAUAAAGCAACACAUCAAGUUGGUAGUGAUUUUUAUCUCUUAGGUUCAUCGAUUACUACUUUACUUAUUGUAAUCACAUUUGCAAUGAAGUUUUCAAUACUUAUAGCACAAAUGACAUAUAAUACAAAUCGAUUAUUCCUAUAUAUUCAAUGUUUAUCAAUGGAUUUUUUCCUACGAAUUUUUCUUAAUAUGGAUAAAUGGUUAAAUGCAUGUGUGGUUGCAGAACGAGCAUUUGCCACAAUAAAAGGAACUAAUUUUAAUAAGAAGAAAAGUAAACAAGUAGCUAAAUAUAUUAUUUUGACUCUUAUUUUCUUAACAAUUAGUACAACUAUUUAUGAUUCUAUUCAUCGACGUCUGUUAGAAGAUGAUGAUGAUGGUGGUGAUGAGAAACUGAAUAUAUUUCAUUUUUGUGUUCCAUUUCUCAUCAAUAUUCUUUCGGCUAUUAUCAUUAUUAUCAAAACUACGCGACAACGAACAACUGUUCAAACUCAUCAAACUUAUGGAAAGUUAUUACGUGAACAAAUUCAGCAACAUAGUCAUUUACUUGUUGCUCAAAUUCUUUUGGUCAUUUUUGCUUUACCACAUUUGAUCAUUUCUUUUGUAUCAGGUUGUAUGAAAUCAAUUAACGAUUCAUGGUUAUUUCUUGUUGCAUACUUUAUUUCAUUUAUUCCACCUAUGCUUACGUUUCUUGUUUUUGUUUUACCAUCAAAAUUAUACAAAAAAGAAUUUCAAAAAUCCGUUCAACAAUAUCAACGAAGAAUACAAACAAGAUUAUAUUUUAUUUCAUAA